CUGGGGUGGCCUCUCGUGCUACAGUGUUAGUGUCGAACGGUUCGUCCGUCUGAGAAAGGAUGUGAGAAGAGGAGGAGGCUUGCGGUUUCUGUAGCAAGCAUGCGGCUUUGUUAGAUUCUGUGGAUUUUGGACACCGGCUUUACAUGCAAUGUAUUUGUGCUAAAUGGAAUUCGUGUUUCCCUUUUGUGUUUUACCGGAUACAUUCUUAUAGCUUGGAAUCGAGUGUUUUCCUGUGCGGCUCCGUUCAUUGGUAAACUAGCGGUUGCAUCAGUCGACUGUCAAUCAAGUCGAGGCUCUCUGCACCUGGUAUUAAUUUAAAUUUGCCGGUGAAUUUUCGUGAACAUUGAGUUUUGGAGCAAUCCUUUUCUUUUAGCCUUUGGUAUUUCAAUAACCGAGAGUUUAUUGUGCAGCCUAUUGACAAGGUAAGAUUGUAACCGUAACUCAGGCUACUGUACCCCUAGUUAUAUUAACAGCGGACUGCAUCCCCGGAAAAUUUCAACAUUGUAUCUUGACGGCGCAAGGAGGAACUAGCCUACAAGUACACGGUCCUCUCGAUUACUGUAUCAGUGAUUGCCAAAGCGUUGUUUGACAGCUGCCUUUGGGAACGCGUUGGCUCCUCCAAGCAAGCCCUAUUGUCCAUCUGCUAUUGUUUUCUACUGCGGAUAGAUCAAAACAUUAACAGAUCGAACAUGUCGCUCAGCAGAAGUAUUGAAUGGGAACACUUUGAGGAACGGGACAAAACGCACCGUUCAUCAAGGGCUAACGGCUCGGGAUCCCAGUCCGGCUCCAGAGGCAACGGUCUUGUGCCCAGCCCGGCGCACAGCGCGCACUGUAGCUUUUACCGAACGCGCACGCUCCAGUCGCUCACCUCCGAGAAGAAAGCCAAAAAAGUGCGGUUCUACCGAAAUGGGGACAAAUACUUCAAGGGUUUGGUGUAUGCCGUGUCCAACGACCGUUUUAGGUCAUUGGACGCCCUGCUUAUGGAGCUUACCCGGUCUCUCUCGGACAACGUCAACCUGCCUCAAGGUGUCCGGAGCAUCUACACCGUGGACGGCAGCAAGAAGAUUAGCAGCCUGGACGAGUUAGUGGAGGGUGAGAGCUACGUGUGUGCCUCCAACGAGCCCUACCGCCGAGUGGACUAUACCAAGAACGUUAACCCUAACUGGUCAGUGGGCAUCAAGGCCGGCCAGUCCCGCUCCCUGUCCUCCCUCAGCACCCUGGUAAAGGGCGAGCUGCAGCGUAGUGAGGCCAGCCUGGGCACCAGAGACUUCAUCAAGCCCAAGCUGGUGACGGUCAUCCGCAGCGGGGUCAAGCCCAGGAAGGCUGUGAGGAUCCUGCUGAAUAAGAAGACGGCCCACUCCUUCGAACAGGUGCUGACCGACAUCACGGACGCCAUCAAGCUGGACUCCGGGGCGGUCAAACGGCUCUACACACUGGAGGGAAAACAGAUCACCUGUCUCCAGGACUUCUUCGGCGAGGACGACGUGUUCAUCGCGUGCGGCCCAGAGAAGUACCGCUACGCCCAGGAUGACUUCCUGUUGGAUCACAGUGGUAAGGAUUCUGAAUGCCGGGUGCUCAAGUCCUCAUACUCUGCUCGCUCGCCCACUCCAACGAGGGCUGCUGGGAGCAAGAGCCCUGGACUCUCACGCCGUAUCAAGUCCCCGGGCAUAGUAAGAAGACCAUUCCAUUACUCCACCAGUAGCCCGUCUCCUGUUAAAUCCCCAGUCAAUGGUGUCCCUAGCAGUACGAUCUCCACCCCCAAGUCCACCAAAUCCAAUAGCUCCUCCCCCACCAGCCCCCGCAGUAUACACAGCUUCAAGAUUCCGCCACAUCACACGUCUGCCACCAAUGUAAACGGGUCUUCACACAGUCUGGAGCUGGCCUAUAACAUGAGUCCUGAGGUUAACGGCAACAGCUGUAGCUCUAUCACAACCGUCCUGGAUAAGUACAAGGUCGGCAAGGUCAUAGGAGACGGAAACUUUGCCGUGGUGAAAGACUGUGUAGAACGGUCCACUGGGAAGGAGUAUGCACUGAAGAUCAUUGACAAGGCCAAGUGCAGUGGAAAGGAGCACCUGAUAGAGAAUGAGGUGGCAGUGCUGAGGAGAGUCAAACACCCCAACAUUAUCCAGCUGAUAGAUGAGGUGGACACACCCACUGAACUCUACCUGGUCAUGGAGCUGGUCAAGGGUGGCGACCUGUUUGAUGCCAUCACGUCCUCCACUAAGUACACAGAGAGAGAUGCCAGUGUCAUGGUGUUUAACCUGGCUGGAGCCCUGAAGUACCUCCACAGCAUGAACAUAGUACACAGAGACAUCAAGCCUGAGAACCUGCUGGUGUGUGAGUACCUUGACGGCACUAAGUCUCUGAAGCUGGGGGACUUUGGUCUGGCCACUGUGGUUGAGGGGCCCCUGCACACCGUGUGUGGAACCCCCACCUACGUGGCCCCUGAGAUCAUCGCUGAGGCUGGUUAUGGUCUGAAGGUGGAUAUCUGGGCAACUGGGGUCAUCACUUACAUCCUGCUGUGUGGCUUUCCUCCCUUCCGCAGUGAGGACAACCUUCAAGAGGACCUGUUUGACCAGAUUCUGGUGGGACGACUGGACUUCCCUGCUCCCUACUGGGACAACGUCACGGACUCAGCCAAGGAGCUGAUUGGGCGGAUGCUGCAGGUGAACGUAGAGGCUCGCUACACAGCACAGGACAUCCUCUCUCAUCCCUGGGUCACGGAUGACAACAUGGAGAACAACAUGAAGAUGGAGGUGUCAGGUAAACUGAGGACACACUUCAACACAGCACCAAAGCCCAGCACAACCACAGCAGGAGUGUCGGUCAUCAUGAACACAGCUCUAGAUAAGAAGAGGAUCCAGCUGACUCGUCGCAGCCAGAGGCCCACAGCACCACCUCCGCCCCCACCACUGCCUGGGAAGAAAGUAGUCCCUCCUGCAGCCAUGCCAGUCAAGCAAGCCUCACCAGUCUCACCCAACUCCAAGCUGCCAGUACCCACCAAGCUGGCAUCACCCACCAAGCCUGCCCUGCCAGAGGAGGAACCCAAGAGUCCUCAGACUGAUGUGCCUGUAUCCCCUCCCAUCUCUCCUUCAACACCUACCAGACCUGUUACCUCUCCCUCUGUCCCUGUCUCUCCUUCCUCUCCUACCAAGCCUAACAUCUCUAUCUAUCCUACCUCCCCUACCAGGCCCAACAACUCUCCCUCUCCUUCCUCUCCUGACAAACCUGUUAUCUCUCCCUCUCCUUCCUCACCUACCAAACCUGGUAUCUCUCUCUCUCCUUCCUCACAUACUAAACCUGUCAUCUCUCCUUCUCCUUCCUCUCCCUCUUCACCUACCAAACUUCAAAUGUCCCCUUCUCUUUCCUCUCCAACCAAGCUCCAUGCCUGUGCCUUCCCUCCUGCCUCAUAUAAGCCUAUUACUUGCCCCUCCAACUCAUCACCUUCCAAACGCAAAGCCUCCCCCUCUCCUCCUGCCCCUCUCUCUCCCUCCUCUCCUCCCUCUCUUUUUACCUGCCCCUCUCCCUCCGACCCUCUGUCUCCCUCUGCCUUUCCCAGCCCUCCCUCACCCCUGACCUGCUCCUCUCCCUCCUCUCCCACCCCUCCAUCACCCCUGGUGGGCCUUGACGUUGAAGCUGCUGCUACUGCCAGAGAGCUGUGAGAAAGAAUGAUGGAUGAGAAGACUGGCUGCUGGACCAUGGUCUAAUUUGUACCUUUCCAGCCCCCUUGCGCCGUAUCCCCAGACCUAUGAUUUGCAUGUAGGGGGCUAGAUACAGAUAGAACCUCCAUCCCCAGUAACAGUAGAACAGCUGAUAUCCACUGCUGUAUUGUUCCUAGGCUCCCAACCUACAGUACAAUCUCUGUAGAGAACCCAUCAUAUCCACGCUCCAAGAGGGAAGUUGAGGUGUUUUGUAUAUUUUGGUUGAUUUGUAUAUACGGUAUGUGUGUAUUUAUAUAUGGAGAAAAUAGAGCGAGGCCUGGCUAGUUAGUGUGUGUGGUUUCAGACAGGGUUUUCUGGAAUGACUUCUGAUCAUGUUUUAUUUAUUGUCUGUGGUUGGUUGGUAGACACACACAUGUUGAUUAUGGGUAGAAGUAUAUUAUUUGGCGUGCUUGUUGUCUGUUGUAAGAUAAACUGCUACUGUAGAUGUGUAUAGUAUUGUAUGACAGACACGAGGCAUCCGAAUGAAAGUUGAAGGUUUGUUUGUUUUCUUCUCUUGUCUGUAAAGCCUGUUUAUCAUUGGUCCGCUAUGGAGCCUGUAGUGUUUAACUGCUGAACACCAAAAGAGAAACGCAACAGAGUAGAAGAUUUGUAAGUCGCUCUGGAUAAGAGCGUCUGCUAAAUGACUUAAAUGUAAAUGUAAAGAUGAACGUGUCAAUGAGGAGAGGUGUGCCUGUCAAAAUAGCUGCCAGAUCAGGGGUGUGUUCAGGGCGGCAGGUAGCCUAGCGUUUAAGAGCGUUUGGCCAGUAACCGAAAGGUCACUGGUUCGAAUCCCCCAGCCAACUAGGUGACAAAUCUGCCAAUGUGCUCUUGAGCAAGUCACUUAACCCUAAUUGCUCCUGUAAGUUGCUCUGGAUAAGAGCGUCUGCUAGAUGACUAAAAUGUAAAUGUUCAUCAGGAAGAAAACAGACAAACAAGGAAGGGACUUCCUGGACAUGUCCUGUAAGAAACGCUCAUUUUCGCACUCCGUUGCAAAACGUUUUUCAGAUUCCUUAGAUUAGAUUCCUUUUCUGAAACCAGCUGACAGGAAACACUGGGAGCUCUAUCCCCUCAUAUACUCAUUUAUCAGUCCAGAUUUACCGGAUAAUUAACGUGAGGCUGUUCCACUUUGCUGUUGUCUUUGUCUGUAAUGGUAAUGCACUUGUUUUAAAGUCCAUGUUUAUGUCCCAAAUCGCACCCUAUUCCCUAUAUAGUGCACUACUUUUGAGCAGGGCCCAUAGGGUAUUGGUCAAAAGUAGUGCACUAUGUAGGGUAUAUAGGGUACCAUUUGGGAUGCAAGCCCCCAUAUCUCCUUACCUAGCCUACUGCAGUUGGUUAGGGUUUAACCCUUCGGAUAUUGAUAAUGGCUCCGAUGCACAGCACUACUACUCCAAGGGGCUUUAGUUGCAUGCCAUGUUCCUCCCUCUGCCUCCCCACAAAACAGGUCUCUCUCUCACACACACGCACGCACGUCAAGCUGGUACUAUUGUACGUAUAGUAGCUGUUCUGUAAUGUUUAGUCAAAUUACACUGUCAUCAUCAUAAUGCUUUUUUUUAUUGCAGUUUUAGUCUGGAUACCUGUAUGGAAAAACUCCUGUCAGCUUUGACCAGAACUUUUAGUUUGUACAGACAUUUAGCCACUGUGACUCCUUUAUCAUUAUGUAUUAGGAGCACAUUGGAAAACUUCAAAUGCAAUAAAAAGUAUUCAAAUCA